UUAAGCGUGUAUACUACCACACGGUCAAACAUUGGUGCUGAGAGUAAUAUAGAUCUGGUUUUGAAUGUGGAGGAUUUUGAUAUUGAGUCCAAAUUUGAAAGGACAGUGAAUGUCUCUGUACCAAAGAAAACCCGAAAUAAUGGCACAUUAUAUGCAUAUAUAUUCCUUCAUCAUGCUGGCAUUUUGCCCUGGCAUGACGGUAAGCAGGUGCAUAUAGUAAGCCCUCUGACCACAUACAUGGUCCCUAAACCAGAAGAGGUUAAUUUGCUCACUGGAGAAUCAGCCACACAGCAAAUUGAAGCAAAAAAACAGACCAGUGCUCUAGAUGAACCUGUCUCUCACUGGAGGUCAAGAUUAACCUUAAAUGUCAUGGUGGAAGACUUCGUGUUUGACGGAUCAUCCCUCCCUGCUGAUGUUCACCGUUACAUGAAGAUGGUUCAGUUGGGGAAGACAGUGCAUUACCUUCCAAUAUUAUUUAUUGAUCAGCUAAGCAACAGAGUGAAAGAUUUGAUGGUUAUAAAUCGUUCAACAACAGAGCUACCUCUGACAGUGUCAUAUGACAAAAUAUCUCUUGGAAAACUCCGAUUUUGGAUCCACAUGCAGGAUGCUGUGUAUUCCCUCCAACAAUUUGGGUUUUCAGAAAAGGAUGCAGAUGAAGUAAAAGGAAUUUUUGUUGAUACUAACCUGUACUUUCUGGCUUUGACGUUCUUUGUAGCAGCAUUUCAUCUUCUCUUUGAUUUCCUUGCCUUUAAAAAUGACAUCAGUUUUUGGAAGAAAAAGAGGAGCAUGAUUGGGAUGUCUACAAAAGCAGUGCUCUGGCGGUGCUUUAGUACUGUGGUAAUAUUUCUUUUCCUUUUGGAUGAACAAACAAGUUUAUUGGUACUGAUCCCAGCAGGCAUUGGUGCAGUGAUUGAGCUCUGGAAAGUGAAGAAAGCUUUGAAAAUGACAAUCAAGUGGCAAGGCUUGAGACCCAAAAUUCAGUUUGGUACAUACAAUGAUUCUGAAAAGAAGACUGAGGAGUAUGAUACCCAGGCUAUGAAAUACUUGUCAUAUUUGCUCUAUCCACUGUGUAUUGGAGGUGCAGGUUACUCCUUGCUGAAUGUCAAAUACAAAAGCUGGUAUUCCUGGUUGAUUAACAGCUUUGUCAAUGGAGUGUAUGCUUUUGGAUUCCUGUUUAUGCUGCCCCAGCUGUUUGUAAACUACAAGAUGAAAUCUGUUGCACACUUACCAUGGAAGGCUUUCACAUACAAAGCAUUCAACACCUUUAUUGAUGAUAUAUUUGCUUUUAUCAUCACUAUGCCAACAUCUCAUAGGCUGGCGUGCUUUAGAGAUGAUGUCGUGUUCCUGGUCUAUCUUUACCAAAGAUGGCUUUAUCCUGUGGAUAAGAGCAGAGUGAAUGAGUAUGGAGAAUCUUAUGAAGAAAAGCCAAAAAAAAAAGCUCAUAGAGAAUAACUUAAGAAUUGAAGAAGAUUCUGACCCCUGGACUCUUACUGGCUUCAUGUAUUAUUUGGUCUUAAGGAAGGAAAACUUAUUUAAUAAGAGUAUUUUUAAAGCUUAUGACAGAACUACAUGGACAAUACAUCUUCUAUAUUGCCAAAAUCUAGUUUUGAUAUCCUCCUAUUUCAAGAUCCUCUUUUGUCCUCACAAGGUCCACAGUCUGCCAGAUGUCAUUAAAUAAACUUCCUGCAUUUAAACUUCUCUUGGGUGAAAACCUAAGUGUCCUGACCAUUGUAAUUAAUAUCCAAAUCUACGUUUUUAAGACAACUCACUAACUGGGAGUGUGGUGCCCAUACCACUAAGCUAUGAAAAGUGGAAAAAGGCAGUGUGUUACAGCAGAAUCGAGCAUUAUUGCCAAACUGGAGGCUGUCAUAAAUAAAAUGUAUAAUACUGGA